GGACACAUGAGGACUCAUUGCUCAGUGCCAUUCUGCGACUUUCCAUCCGAGCAAAGCGCAAAUUAUUCUAGCAAAGCAAUGUCACCCCGUGCCGUCUUCCUUCCGGCCGAGUGGAUCUUUCACUGCCUUGCUCGCCUCGAUCUCCAUUUUCAAAUUUGAACGCUAAGCACGAUUCCUCUCCUCCUUCGUCGAGUCACUCGGCCGUCUCGCCUUCCCGGCUGAAAGCUCGGACUGCAAUGGGUUCCUCCUCUACACUUGUGACGCUACUUCACUUGGCGACGGCCGCCAUCCAGAUCGGCAUGAACCUGAGUCCAGCCCCAGACAUGUACCGGGUGCACAAGUUCAAGACGACCGGGCAAAUGGCGCUGCUCCCUCUAGUGCUCAUGUGCUUCAACAACCACUUUGUGGCUGCUCUACGGGACUCCUGACCGGGCAGCCUACUUCCCGUUUGUGCGCUGCGGGCGCUGGUCGGAAGAGACCCGCCCGGGAAUCGUCCUUCACGAGC